AUGUCUUACUCGUUCUUCUCGGCAUUGACCACAACAUUCCCGUAUAAGAUGACAAUGAAUGUGAAGAAAAAAUCAGUUAAUGAAGCAUUGAACAGUUAUGCUGCCAUAGAUAUUAAAAAUGUGUCUGUAUUUUGUCUGGGUAUUUCAGCGGCUCCGUUUGGUCAGCUUCCAAUUCUUCAUGUGGAUGGCAAGAGACUGGCACAAAGUGGCGCUAUUGCUCGAUUCUUAGCGCGGGAAUUUGGAUUAGCUGGAAAGAAUAGCUGGGAGCAAGGUUUGGUGGACCAAUACAUGGAACUUGCAGUAGAUAUGUUCAAAGAAGUUAUCAAAUGGUACUUUGAAAAGGAUGAACAAAAGAAGAGAGAAUGCUUGAAAAAUCUAACGGAAGUCGUUUAUCCAAAAUACUGUGGAUUAUUCCAAAAUGCUCUUGAACAGAAUGGAGGCAAAUACUUUGUAGGCAAUGAUCUUACAUUAGCAGAUCUCGCAGUCUUGGACAUAUUUGACACUCCGAUGCAUCAUACCUCGAACAUCUUGGACUCAUUUCCGAAGUUGAAAGCACACAGAGAACGCAUAGCAUCCACGGCAAACCUAGCAAGCUAUAUUAAGAAAAGAAAGGUUACAGACAUUUGAAUAUCUCAUAGUUUAUUCUUGUUUUGCAUUCGGAGAACUGAGACAGGACCCAUUGUUUCCAGAUACUUUCAUAAUUCCAGUUGAUGUGCAAGAUAUAUAUAUAUAUAUAUAUAUAUAUAUAUAUAUAUAUAUAUAUAUAUAUAUAUAUAUCAUUGUAUGGCUAUCUUUUCAUGGUGACACUUUCAUACAAUUUAUAACAAAUGAAUUUUGAUUCAUUUGUUCAUGUUUUAUUCUCUAUCGUGGCUGUCAGUGGCAACAAGUAUUUAAUUAAGUUGAACACUGUUUAUUUGUUUAGCAAAACUGUAUACCUUUUGUAAACUGAAUAAACUUCACUUUGUUAGAAAAAAAACAUAGUUGAAGCUAUUUGUUGUAAGAUGAACAUUUUGAAGAUUUUCAUUUGCAAAAUGCACGAGAAAAAAUAUAUCUGGUACUGUGAAAAUUACUUUAGAGCGGACGUAACUUAUCUGUAAAGUAGAAAAAGUGGAAACUCCACAGGUCGCUCAAAACAACAAAAACGAAAAUGUUGCAAAACUCUCGUAGAAGUCCCAGUUUCAUAAGCAUCGUCUUGGAUAAUACCCCUUUCUAGACAUUUCGUCCCUGGAAGGAAUGAUGUUCAAAAAAGUUAAACCAGUUUUGAUGCAGCUUUCCAGAACAAGUCUUUCUAUUUUUAUUAGAUGAUAUACCCUAAAUUGAUCAUUUAUACAACUGAUAGAUACCCCCUUUAUGCUCAGUUUUCUUUUGAUUUGUUGACUAUAUGCAUUCAAGUUUUUUAUGCCGGUUUGUUUAACAUAAAUUUUCAAGAACA